AUGCCGAAGAAAGGGAGAGGAGGAGGCACGAUGAGUGAAGAGAAGCGACUUCUGCAGAAACAGCACUGCGAGUUGGCCGAUGAGGAGAUGGCCAAGAAGAAGAAAGAGACACUCAUGCUGUAUCUGCAGGACAAGGUUCAGAAGGAGCAGAGCAACAUGGCAGUAAACCUGUUGAAGCUCAGUGAGGGCUGGAGGAAGAUCCUGCUUCAGACUCGAGAUGCAGAGCUGCGUAAGGAUCUCAUGGUUCUCCAGCAGACCUUAGAGAGACAGCUAGACGAGCUGAACUUCAUUAUCCAGAAGUUGGUGCGUGACCGGCAGGAGGCGGAGCUUCAGGCAGCUCAGGUGCAGCAGAGUCACCUGGAGCAGGUGGACUUCCUGUGGACUAAGCAGGAAAAACGUCUGAAGCAUGUCCAGCAGCACUGGGACAGUGUGCUGCAGGACAUCAGCUCCACGAGCAACUCUGAGAAAGACAGGAUGCUGUCUGAUUUGGAGAAGCAGAAGAUCAAAGUCCAGGAUGAGCAGCUGCCAGUAGAGAGCAAAGAGACAAUGGACGAGGACGAGCUGCUGUCCAGUGGGUCACUUUCUUGGUGUCUGAGCAAUCAGGAGGACAUGGUAUUAGAUGUUUCAACAUACAACAUGAAGGACAGAAUGUCCCAGAACCUCCAGGCCUGUCACCUCAGCAAACACAAAUCUAAGACACUUGAUGAGCAGAUCUCCAGAGACAAGAAGCAGAUGAAGACAAAGAUGCAGAACAUCACAAGGCUGCAGGUCAGAAUUGCCCAGCUGAAGCAGCAGAUUGUCUCCACAAAGACGGAGAAGGUCCUGAUGGAGCAGGACCUGAGAACAGCUGUGCACAGUAUCAGGCAGAAAUGUCUCCAGCUGAGGGACCAGUUGGUGCGAGAUCGUGGAGCAGCGAGGAAGAAGCUGGUCGAGCUCAGUGACUGGAGCGGCGCCGCCGCCAAGACCCUGCACACCGUCAUCAGCAAGGGUGAGAAGGUUCUGCAUGUAGCAGAGAUUUGCCACAAGCUGCAGAGCAGACAGGAAGUCCUGCCAGGUGAGGUGGAGGACCUCCAGCAUCUUCUGAAUGUGGCUCUGCAGCACCGAGAUCUUCUGAGGAACCAACAAUUGGACCUGAGCUGGGAGAACCACCAACUGGAGGUUCUGCUGCGGCCCGGGGACAGCCUUGACGGACACCACGGUCCUCUGCUGGUGUCCCAGGCUCCGUCCACUUCUGUCCCACCAGCUGCAGACAGAGGUCACAACAUCAUUGAGGCUUCCAAAUCUGUCCAACACUGUCUCUGA